UCUUUUUUUACCCUCGUGUCCCGGGCAAUAAAAUACGGACUAAGGAAAAUGGAGGUAAAACCCUAGUCGCAGAAAGCAGGAAUUUUCCAUACAUUCCUUUGUCGAACUUCUGGUCACUGGCUACGAAUCUGUAGUUUGGACUCAAUAUCACUGAGAAGAAGCUUGAAGCUGUCUCUCCGCGAAGUCGGAAAAACUAGAAAAAUGCGUAAAGGUGUCUGUAGUUGAGGCAUUGCUAAGAGAGAAAGGUAGGAUAUAAAGUGCUGGGCAACAAAGGGGGAGAUGGUUGUUGAGGAUGAGAAGCAGGAGCAGCACAAGGGGAUCAAUGAGUCUCAGAUACUGACUGCACUCCUCUCUCGUCUUCAUUAUUUCAAGAAGAAUGCAGAAUCCUUGACUUUGGAGAAAGUUCGUAGGUUAAUCGAGAAUGACUUGGACAUUGAGAAGUAUUCAUUAGAUGUACAUAAAAGAUUCAUCAAGAAAUUCCUUGAAGAGCAUUUGGAGAGUGGCAAUGAAGAUAGCGGUCCAAAAGAUUCAGGAGAAUGCCUGGGGAAAGAUACUUCUCUAACUAAGCGUAAGGGGGAAAAGUCCCCUGAAGAGCACAAAACAAAGAAAACUAUAAAAGGUUCUGGUGCUGAAGAUGAGAACAAAAUGGACGAGUGUCCUAUAUUGGGUGCCACAGAUUCCAAAUCUACAUUGGCGGAUGUUCAAGAUGCCAAGGCUAGUGAAAGCUCCAUAAAGAGAGCCAUUUUGGAAAGAGCUGCUUAUUUUAGGGCUAAUGCUGAGGCAAUGACUCUGAUUAGUGUUCGCCGAUAUCUGGAGGAGGAAAUUGGCCUUGAAAAAAGUAGUCUUGAUCCUUUCAAGAAGUUCAUAAGGGAUGAACUUGACAAGGUAUUGAAUUCCUCUGAAGUUCCAACGUCUAAAAGCACUAUUGAGAAAUCAUCCGAGGAGCAAAACAAACCUAUAGAGAAUAUCAUUACUAAAGGGAUUUCCGAUUCUUCAAACAGUGAAAGUGACAGGGAGAAUAAAACCAAAUCAGCUAAGAAGGCUGUUCCAAGGGCAAAAAAUAAUAAUUCUGAAAGCUCUAAGAAACGUAAAAGUUCUGAUAGCAAAUAUGAUAUCACUAAGAAACAGAAAGUUGUGAAGAAGUCAUCCGGAAAUAAUAAUGAUUCAGAAGAAAGUGAUAGGAGAGAGUCUGAAAAUUAUCAGUCCCGUUCAACAGAUGCAAUGUCUGCAAAGAAGAAAGCAGUGUCAGCAUCUGGAUAUGGAGAAGCUGUAGAGAAAUUGAAAUCAAUAAUCAAAGCUUGUGGAAUGAGCAUCCCACCUUUCAUUUACAAGAAAGCCAAGCAGGUUUCAGAAGAUGAGCGGCAGGAUUUCUUAAUAAAGGAGUUGGAAGAGAUACUCUCUAGAGAAGGACUGUCUAGUCAUCCUUCAGAGAAAGAAAUCAAAGAAGUCAGAAAGAGAAAAGCCAGAGCCAGAGAACUUGAAGGAAUUGACAUGAGUAACAUUGUUUCAAGUUCACGGAGAAGGUCAACAACAACCAGUUUUGUGCCUCCUCCAAAACCCAAAUUGCCUGUUAAAGAUGACGAGAGCGAUGCCGAAGGCAUUGAGAGUGACAGAGACGAUUCCAGUGACAGAGACGAUUCCAGUGAUACAGAUGAAGAUGCUGAUGAUCUUUCUCAAGUUGAUGACCUAAGUGAAGAUCAUGAUGACGAGUGACUGAAUCUUUUCAUAGAAGAAUUCUGAAAACCAUGAAGACCGGACCAGACCGGACCGUGUACCUCGUUUGGUGUACCCUUCUAUCUGCAUUUAUUUUAUGUUCCCUCAUGUUGCAGGAGCUAGGAAUUGUAAUACAUUUUGAAGAGUUUUGGAGGUGCUUUCAGGAAAACUAGUUUACUGCAGAGUUGAGUAAUGUUUGCACUACCAUUGAAGAACUUCCCA